GUUAUGAACUCGAUGAUGGGGGCUAGAGCGUCCCUCGCUCGGCGCUUGCGCGGCAAGUUUGACUGGGAUGGCGGCGGCGGCGGCGGGAAGCCCGGCGGGGUGAGUGAGGGGCGCUGUCCCCGGUAUUGCCCCUUUCCCCCUGGGCGGAGCCCGAGCGGGCCCUUCGCCCCGCCGAAGCGUGCGCUGACCGCGUGCCCGUGUUUGUGUAGGGUGCCCCCGGGAGCGGAGGGAGCUGCUGAACCGGACGGGAGCGCGGGGGCGAGGCCUAAAGGUGGAAGAGUUGUGAAGGCUCGCUACCUUCAGUAUGAUAGAAAACCCGUGGAGAAGAGUACCUCAGCAAAUUCCUCUGUAGUGUCUGGUGUAAAAAGAUCUGAAAAAGGGGAAACCCCAACUGGAAGAAAAAGUCUUUUUCAGAAAUGCAAAGCCACCACAAGCACUGCCCCUAGCACACUAAAUCGUACUAUCUUGGGAAAAGAUGACUUGCAGUCCACUUUAUUAGAGGGCCAUAAAAUUGCUCGACCUGACCUGGAUCUCUCAGCUAUUAAUGACAAAAGUCUCUUAAAAAAGAUUCCUGGGUCAAAGUCUCUCUUCAGAGCAGAAUCAAGAACACGAAAAAAAGAACAGAAUUCAAAAUCUGCUGAUCCUGAUGAUGUGAUUGGGAUGUUGGAAUCGCAGGCACUGCUAUUAACCUAUGCAUCAAUGAAGAUAGAAAAAAAUAUUGCCCAGCUGGAGGAGAAAGGUGAAAGAAACCUAUCAAUAUUGUGUGAAGAAAAGGAAAAACAGCAAAAAAAGCUGUACGAGCUGAAACGCCAACUAUUGCUCAAGAAGAGAGAGCAGAAACUUGAAGAAGUGCUGGAUAAACAGAUUGAAGUCCUUGCUCCUCUUCUUACUGUCUGUGAACAGUUUAAGGAGGAGUAUAAAACCUUUGCGACUGCCCUGGAUACCACUAGACAUGAGCUUCCUAUGAAGAACAUUCACAUAGAAGGAAAUAGACACACAUAUUUGGAGGAUUUACAAAAGCAUUUAGCUGUAACACAAAGUCUUUUGGUGGAAGCUGCGCCUGGCUACUUGGAAGAAAAUUCAAAGGCAUUCCCAGUACUGAAAGAACUUAAGGAAGUUGCUCUCAAAAUGGAUGCAGAACUUGAAAGGAGCUUCAAGCAAGUACAGGAUCUGUCCUUUGAAGUCAGUAAGGAAGUUUCUUUGCAUAACCAAAAAGUCUGUGAAGAGACCCAUGGAAUAGAGACCCUGAAACACUGGUACUUCGAUUAGCUUUGAAAUGUUCCUCAGCUAGUGACUUGAACACCUGUGGAUGCUAAACCAAGGCCAGGGAGCUGCACAAAAAAACAGAAUAAAGUUAAGGACAUCUGGCUGGUACAUUUCCUCACUUAAACUUAUGAUAAUUAUAAUACAUCAUGUCUCAUGAAUGUGGAGCAUUCUUAUAACUGAACCAACAUGGCAUGAGUCCCUCGUUUUAGACUCAAACCUUCAGGCCUACAUCCUUUGUGGAAGCUCAUUGUCGGUUAACAAUUUGUUUGUUUUUCUUGUGCCUCAUCUCAGCUGCAGCAGGGCAAGAGAUCUCUUCCCAAGGGAAAUGUGGCUCAGAGGUCAUUGUGUCAAUAUGUAGAUGCAGGACCAAAUGUGUAUGCGACUGUGCAUUAUUGACAGUAGCCUGCAAGAGGGAUGCCUGAGCUAAUGCAGUGUGCACUGGUCAUUCAGUGAGGAAGUGUAGCAGGAAGUCUGAUCACCCCUUUCCUAUGUGAUUUAGCAAGAGGAAAAGUCCAGAGAGAUGGCUAUCACUCUGUGGUAGUUAAAUCAAAUGAUGUUGAAGGGGGUGAACUGAUCACUGACUUCUCCGUAAUAUUGUGUUUGGCAAAGCUUGAAAACCUCAUGCUUAAAUUCUUGUUCUGUAUCUUAGUACUUCUUUUGUAUUAGGUUAGGUUUUGUUUGGAAGGAGAUCUAAUAUAUUUUUCUAAAACGUACUCUUGUCACUAAUGGCCUUAUUUACAGUUCACUCUUGCCAGGUCUUGGAGAAGGUCGUGUACAACUUCCCAGAGCCCUUUAAAUACACACAAAUGUAAAAUAAAUUUAUUUCCUGAACUGUC